AUGGCUUCGCGUUUGGCAAAGAGCGCCAUCGGCGCCACCCGCGUCCGGCCGGCUCUCGUCACCCGCAGUCUCCCUUCCAUCACAGCCAACCUCACGGCACCUCGAUUUGCCUCGAACGUCCCAGCUGAGGAGCCCCAGAAGAAGGCCCAGUCAAUCAUUGACUCUUUGCCCGGCAACUCUCUCGUUUCCAAGACUGCCAUCUUGUCUGCCGGAGCCGGUCUCUCCAUUGCCGCCAUCAGCAACGAGCUUUACGUCCUCAAUGAGGAAACCGUCAUCGCAUUCUGUUUGCUCAGUGUCUUUACUGCUCUCGGCAAAUACGGCGGCCCCGCGUACAGAGAGUGGGCUGAUGGCCAGUCCCAGAAGUACAAGGAUAUUUUGAACUCUGCUCGUGCCGACCACACCAAUGCCGUCAAGGCCCGCAUUGAGAAUGUCCAGCAGCUCGGUGGUGUCGUUGAGGUUACCAAGCAGCUUUUUGAAGUUUCCAAGGAAACCGCCAAGCUUGAGGCUCAGGCUUACGAGCUCGAGCAGCGCACUGCCCUUGCCGCCGAGGCCAAGCAGGUUCUCGACUCCUGGGUACGCUACGAGGGCCAGGUCAAGCAGCGUGAACAGCGCGAGCUUGCCGAGACCGUCAUCCGCAAGAUCCACGAGGAACUCAAGAACCCCAAGGUUCUUCAGCAGAUCCUUCAGCAGAGCAUUGCUGAUGUUGAGCGCAUCGUUGCCGCUAAAUAA